AUGGCGAUGGACUUUGCAAUGGAGACUCAAAACGUGCGGCUUGGUCUGUGUACAAAUGGUUUUAACCUCUUUGGAAGUUCGGGUCAACAAAAGGAGAAUUUUCAACUGCGAGCAGCUUUAAUGUGGACGAUCAAUGACUUUCCAGCUUAUUCGAUGUUGUCUAGGUGGAGUACUGCGGGCCGAUAUGCUUACCCUUACUGCAUGGAUGAUUCACAAGCCUUCUACCUUACGCAUAGCAAGAAGAUGUCUUGGUUUGACUGUCAUAGAAGGUUUUUAGAUAGAAGUCAUCCCUAUAGGAGAAAUAGAACAAAUUUCAGAUCAGGCCUUGUUGAGAAAAGAGAUCCACCUAUUAUUCGGACUGGACAUAAAUUGCUUGAUGAAUUAGACCAUAAAACAAAGGAUCACAUCAAGGGUAGACACGAUCUGCGUGAACUUGGUAUACGUUCAGAAUUGCAUCCUAUAGGUACGUCUAUUCCUAAAGCUUCCUAUACAUUAAAUGAACAACAGAUAUGUGCUUUGCUUCAAUGGUUGAAAAGUAUUAGAUUUUCCGAUGGUUAUGUGUCCAAUAUGGCAAGGAAUAUUGACAUGGCCAAGCAUCAAUUGUUCGGCAUGAAAAGUCACGACUGUCAUGUUUUCAUGCAACGCUUAAUUCCAACGCUUAAGAUGGAAGCAAAUAGUCCGGUUAUCAUCUGCAAACUAGAGACUAUAUUUCCGCCCACAUUCUUUGAUAGCAUGGAACACAUUCCUAUCCAUUUGGCAUAUGAGGCAAGGAUUGCAGGACCGGUCCAAUACAGAUGGAUGUAUCCAUUUGAGAGGUACCUUAGACAUUUGAAACUCAAUGUGAAAGAUAAAGCUGCUGUUGAAGCGUCGAUAUGCAACGCUUAUUUAACCGAGGAAGCAUCACAUUUUGUUUCCCAUUAUUUUGAGCCACAUGUGCGAUGCAGGGUCGGAGACCUUCCCAGGAAUGAUGGUGGAAGUUACAACAAUGUUGUAUCUGGUGUAUUCACAAUCUUCAGUCAUCCAAUAAGAUUUCAUGGAAAAGGAAAAGCAUAUAUUUUUGAUGAAAGAGAUUACGAGAUUGCCCAUAGAUACGUGCUAAUGAACUGUCCAGAUGUGGAUGUAUUUGUAUCUGAGUUUAAAAGUUCAAUUCAAAGACAUGAACCGAAUUGGUCAAGUCAGAGGAUUGAAGCGUUUGUGCAAGAAUAUUUUACAAAUGCAUUCAGAACAGCAGCAAGACAAGGAUUAUUCGAUAACCGAGUGAACAGUGACAUUUUGAAGCAGAUGGCUGAAGGACCACUUAAACAUGCUCAAAGUUACAAUGUCUGUUACACAAACGGAUAUAGAUGUCAUACAAUACUUCAUGCAUCAAAUAAAUCUGCAGACAAUAGUGGAGUGUGCGUCAAAGCUGCUGACAACAGUCGUGACGAAGAUGAUUUUUACGGGCAAUUGCUUGAAAUAGUAGAGGUUGAAUACCCGGGGAUACCUAUCAAUAGAGUGCAUGAUAAUGAUGAAGAUACUGAAGAAGAUGUGGAUCUUGUACUGUCAGAAAACGAAGGAUCCGAAGAUGAAGAUGUUGAGAACAAUGAGUAUUUUAGUGAUGAAGAGUAG